AUGGUAUAUUACUGGGCAGCAAAUCUUCAAAAAGUCAAUUGUGGGUAUAAUUUCCCAUUGACAGAUUGGUGUAAGGCAGAAGCAUACUCUUGUACUUCUAUAUCACUUCCUGCCUUACUAACAAUGAAAUUACCCUUUUCCCCUGUUCAGUAUACCUCAAACCCAGUUGUAAGUUCAACGUUAAAAAUAUGGUCUCAAUUUAGACAGACAUACAAACUUAAGGAUUUCUCCAUGUUAAGCCCUCUCAGUAACAACCCUCUAUUCCCCGCUGGUCAAAUGGACCACACAUAUGUGCAAUGGCAGAGUACUGGGUUAGCUAAAUGUAGUGAUUUUUACAUAGAUAACAUUUUCUCUAGUUUUAAUGACCUUCGACAGAAAUUUCAGUUGACACAGUCUGAUCUGUUCCGAUAUUUCCAAGUCCGACAUUUUAUUCAAUCUCAAAGCUCCACCUUUCCUAACUUACCCCCUACCUCACUGAUGGAUAAAAUUUUACAGAAUCCUGUGACCCCCCAAGGUCAAAUUUCUGCUUUAUACAAUAUGAUUCUGCUUGCAAGAAAUAAUCCAAUUGAAAAAAUUAAAGAAAAGUGGACCAAAGAUAUAGGCUCUGUAAUAAUUGAUGAAAUAUGGGAUGAUGCUCUAAAAAGAGUAAAUGGAUCCACUUCCUUUACACGUCUUAGUUUAAUACAAUUCAAGGUCCUUCACUGCAUAUAUUACACUAAAUCUAAACUGUCAAAAAUAUAUUCAAAUGUUGAAGAUAGUUGUGAUCGAUGCAAAAGUGAUAAAGCUGACAUUAUUCAUAUGUUUUGGUCCUGCCAAAAGCUGAAUAACUAUUGGGCACUUGUCUUCAAGUUAAAGGCUUCAUUUAUUGUUUUAAAUACAACACCCUGUGUUGAAAAUGCUAUUUUCGGUGUACCAGAACAUGGAAUACAUUUAACUAACAAUAUGAAAAAUGUUUUUGCUUUUGCUUCAUUAUUUUCAAGAAGGAGAAUAUUGUUAGAAUGGAAGUCAAAAAACCCACUGAAGAUUUCAAUGUGGAUUUGUGAUUUUAUUUUAUUUUUAAAACUAGAAAAAAUAAAAUAUCUCAAAAAAGGAUCCAUUCAAAAAUUUUAUAAAAUCUGGAAACCUAUGAUUGCAUAUUUUGAAAAGAUGAAGACCCUACCUUCUAACUAGAGGCCAUCUAACUCUAAUACACUUGAACAUGUUUUAGUAUGAACGUAAGUGUUUCAUGGUUGUAUAUGUUUGUAUCGACCACAAUUAUAAUAGAGUUUAAUUUAAUUAUGUACUUUUAUCUAGUUAUUAUUUGUAACUUAUAUUUUCUUACAAUAAUAUUGUUCUUUUGUUAAAGUAAAAGCUACUUUAAUUUUUUGUAAUGUUUUUUUUUUUGUUUGUUUGUUUCAUUUAUUUAUUUUUCAUUUAUUUAUUUUUAAGAGGAGAAAAAAAUAACUAUUUGUAUGAAGCUUUGUGUUAAUACUUUGAAAAAUUUUAUAAAUAAAGGUAUUAAAAAAAAAAAAAAGAACUGCAAGGUAGUAUUUAGAUGAGUGAAUUUACCAGUUUAUAAUGCAUUUAUUAAUUGUGUAGCGACAUUAUUUCUCUGCUGAUUAUUUUCAGUAAUGUUUCCAUGGACCUCGUUGAUGGUGUGAAUGUGUUGUAAAGGUGUAUGUAAAGGUGUAAUUGGUUACUUGAUAUUGAGCAACACAUGUAUGUGCUUAUAACACUGUCACUGAGCCAAUAAUUAUGCUGCUUUUGAUGAACGGUGGUCUAACGUGAAUUAUAUCAGUGUAAAGCUUAAUUACAAACAUCCAAAUGCUAUUUCAUACAUUUUACAGUAUAUUUGACAUGUGUAAUCCAUGUAUCCUUUUAAAAGACCUAAUGUGUCCAUCAAUAUGUUUCUCUUUUACUUCCAGUGAAGAGACGUCUCCUCCACACCCAGACCAUGAAUAUGCUGCACUGCCUCCCUCACUUGAAGAUCAACUUGAGGAAGUUCGCAAGAAGUGUUAAUAGCAGAGCUUCAACAAAAACAGUUUAUGGUGUAAAAUUUUCAGGGUGAUGAUAAACAGGUUAAGGCAGGGAUUUCCUGAGCAGGACCUUGCAACCCGUUUCCAUAUAUCACAGUCAACAGUAAGCAGGAUCUGUGUGACCUGGGUCAACUUUUUGUACUUUAUGUUGGGAAUACUUCCAAUUUGGCCUUCAAGGAAAACUGUGGAUGAACUUAUGCCAGAUUGUUUUAAAUGCACGUUCCCAGGUACUAGAGUUAUAUUGGAUUGCACAGAAAUACAUGUACAGAAACCUAGCUUCAAGGUCCUUAACUUAGUGACUUACUCUCACUACAAAGUCAUUAGGCGGAUUGAAGAGUACCAUAUAUUUGAUAAAGUGUUAACCCGUGACACUGGUGGUCUCCAUUAACCAACUGUGGGUCGUUUGUGCCCUUUUGACUAAUUUCCAAGGUCCUCUCUAUUGAAAUUGUAAUGUAAAUAUCUACAACUGUAAUGUUAAUAUCCACAAAUAUAUUCAAACCUUGUUGAAGACGUGCUAAUCUUUUUAUUAAUGUGUACAAAACCUUAGUACACUAUGGGUUCAAAAGUACUAUAAGUAGUAUCUAAAUACAUUUUCUAAAUACAGAGAUACUAUAUUAAAAGCAUAUUUUAGUUCAUAUUUCAUGCUGUCUCAAAAUAGCACAUUUGAGUACACUUAGAUGUUCUUAAGAUGAUCUUAAGUAGUACUAAAGAAGAAUUUUAGUCUAUUAAGUAGAAAAUUAGUGCGCGAAAAUAGAGCACUUUAAGUACAUUAUAGAAAUGUACUUUUUUUCACCUGGGUAGUUUACAAAUCUAUUAGCAUGAACAAUAACACACCAGUUAAAGUAAACAAGACACAAUUAUUUGGGUGAAAUGAUUUAGCCUUAGAAAGUCAGCAGAAGGGUAAAUGUUUAAAAUUAAUCUCUUUUGCUUCAGAUUUCUGGGAAUUCAAAUGUAAAAUCAUGAUAAGUGAGGUUUUUCACCUUUUGUCUUUAAUGGCUCUUGCUGCUUCUGCCUCAUUACUUUAAUUGGUGUCAUUGUUCAUGCUAAUCAAUAGCUGGGUUAAGUGUGAAUGCAAUUGAUGAAGGUGUGAAUCCUGAUGUUUAUGAUAAUGAGUGCUAUAGUUGUGCUGAUUGGAUUAGAGCUGGUGAAAGUUACUAUAACUGCUUACAUCCUUUACAUUCUUUGUUUGCUUUAUCUUCACCUGUAAGGACGGCCCCCUGAAAUCUGUAUAAAACCUCAAUGUUUCACUGCUUUAGUCACACUUGAUGAAUGCAGCACUACUGGUGAAGCAACUGAGAUCCACGUGACACUAUUGUAAAGAUGGCAUUUAUUAAAGUGGAGAUUGAGAGUAAAGACGUGAAGUUUGAAGAAUCAUUCAGAGUGAAACAUGAAGACAUGAAGACUGAAGAAAUAUUCAGAGUUAAACAGGAAGAUGUGAAGACUGAAGAAACGUUCAGAGUGAAACAUGAAAAUCCUGAGGAACAAAGAG